UUGCAACGGCGGACGACGUAAGAUGAGAAAACCCAGGGGAAAGGCCGCGAGGCCAUCCCAGAUGAAGCAAUGGGAUUCGUGCGAUUCCACUGUUGCUACUCAAAGUCUCCACGUCUCUCCCUUGUACCACUGUCGCAGGUUGCUCGCCGAUGGAGUCCUGCAGACGCGUCGGAUUCAAGCCAGCGCGCGAGAGAAGAGAUUGGAGGGGGGGGGAGAGCCACGGAAAUUCUCGCAUUCGGCAGCCGGGCUGUGUUAUCCCCGGAAAAAAGAAGACCCAGCUGGAGUCGCAAGCUGUCGCAGGCUGUCGUCAGCUUUCACUGCCUCAGACAUUUGAGAUGAUGAUGCCCGCUGGGAUGGGCAUGUUGCGUGCGUGUGCUGCCAUGUGCCAUGUGCGCGCGGCCGCGGACGAGCAUGGGCUGAAGUUUCGGUUUCGGGUUAUGAUGCGCGGGGAACGGGGAGGAAUGGUAGAUGGCAGAUAUGGGCAUAGAUCGCGAUAUGGUAUUAGAUGGAUGGCGGUCAACCCACAACCCACAAUACAACAAUACACAAUACACAGACGGGGGAGGGCAGAGAUAGAGAGUGCCGCAUCCCAUCGCACCGCACAGACAAGCGAAUCGCCCUUCAAUCUCGAACCCAUGUCUGUCUGUAACCAUCCGGGGGAACAACAACACUCAUCCAAGAUUCAUAGCACACUUAUAAUACAACGAUACCCUGCAUCUCCCCGUGGCUCCACCGUCAACAAACAAGAUGAGAUGAGCCUUAGUUUCGUUUCGCCAGCUGGGAUAGUUUGCUUUUGACAUGCAGCGAAGGAUCAUUAUGCUUUCGUUCUGCACGCCACCGCCACGAUGAGCCAGAUGCAUAGAUAGAUGCAUAGAUGUGUUGCGAGAAGAAAAAAUAACACACCACCGACCGGCACAUGCAUCGACACGCGAAUAUGAUGCUACAAUCUAUACUACUAACAUUCCCAUCGUAGACGGUGAGGCUAGCCGGCAGCUCACGUCUCUCUGAUGUUGUGUCCGCUGGACCGGUGUUUGCUCAUUGGUGGCAUACCAUGCAAAACUUCUGCUACGGUGACACUACUGCG